CUUCUCGCGAUGUUUGGCCCGUCCAAAGGUGGCCAUUUUGGAGUCCAUCCCCAGGCUGGCUGCCCCGGCGGCAGCGGCGGCGGCGGCUGCGUCUCCCAUCCCGGUGCAGGCACCAAAGCUGGCCCCGCCGGCACCUGGCCUGCCAGCGGGCGGACCGACACGAUGUGGCGGCUCCGCUGCAAGGCCAAGGACGGCACCUAUGUUUUGCAGGGGCUGUCCAGCCGGACCCGGCUGCGGGAACUGCAGGGCCAAAUUGCAGCCAUCACCGGGAUCGCGCCCGGUGGCCAGCGAAUCCUCGUCGGAUUCCCGCCCGAGUGCCUGGAUCUCAGCAAUGGGGAAACUGCCUUGGGAGACCUGCGCAUCCAGUCAGGCGACAUGCUGAUCGUAGAAGAAGACCAAAACAGACCCAGAACUUCAACUGCGCUUACAAACCAUGGUGCUGCUACUUAUGUCAGGGAACCUUUGCCUGUGCUUACCAGAACCGCGGUCCCAGCAGACAACUCUUGCCUCUUCACAAGCGUGUACUAUGUCGUUGAAGGAGGAGUCUUGAAUCCGGCUUGUGCCCCAGAGAUGAGACGCCUCAUAGCACAGAUUGUAGCAAGUGAUCCAGACUUCUAUAGUGAGGCAAUACUGGGCAAAACAAACCAAGAGUACUGUGAUUGGAUCAAAAGGGAUGAUACAUGGGGGGGAGCAAUUGAGAUAUUGAUUUUGUCUAAGUUUUAUCAAUGUGAAAUAUGUGUAGUAGAUACACAGACAGUAAGAAUUGAUCGUUUUGGGGAAGAUGCAGGAUAUUCCAAAAGGGUUCUGCUCAUCUAUGAUGGCAUCCACUAUGACCCUCUUCAGCGUAACUUUCCUGAUCCGGAUACCCCACCUCUGACCAUUUUCUCCUCUAAUGAUGAUAUUGUUCUUGUGCAAGCACUGGAGUUAGCAGAUGAAACUAGAAGAAAGAGACAGUUUACUGAUGUUAACCGCUUCACCCUGAGAUGCAUGGUGUGCCAGAAGGGGUUGACUGGACAAGCAGAAGCAAGGGAGCAUGCCAAGGAGACAGGCCACACCAACUUCGGAGAAGUGUGAGCUCUGUAUGCUGAGGGUGAAGCCUACUACCUCACAGAUCCAGAAGGCUCUGGGUUCUAAAAUAAGCUAUUUGUGACCCUAAGAUACAAGUGACGUAAUGCUUGAACCAUUCUUUUAACUUAAACCACUGAGACAUUGAAAUUCCUUGUUAAGAUUAAAAUUAGUGUGCAAGUUUACAAAUGUGUGUCUGCAGUGGUGAUACACACCAUCUUUCUGCUGGAGUGACAGAAGAUGUGGUCUUUGCCACCUACUGACACCAACCUGAAGAUUGGAUUUUAGUAUUAUAAACUAGCACCCAGCAGCUUUACCUUGUAGAAGAAAACAUUUUAGAUAAUGUGGAAGGUUGCAUGUGAAGCCACUGGACAUAUGCCACAGUGUCUCCAGUAACUGGUUCCUUUUAAUAACAGUGAGUUAAUAGCUUCUAAAUGAAUUGGCUCAUCAAAUGAAAAUACCCAGAAUUGUCAGAACUGAUUUUAUAUUUGCAAUUUGGUAGACUUUAUAAGUAUACAGCAAGCAGUUCUUACAGGGAUAUGUUCAUUCCUUGAGAAUGUUAUCUAAAACAAGACCCGUUAGGGUGCUGUUUAAGAUUAUAGUGUAUAAAAGUAGAAUGUAUAAGGAAAAGGUGCCUGAAGCAGCUUACUGAAGCUUUAAAAGACUGCUGGCCUCGUGUUUUAAUGCAAUUCAUGUAUUGGUCUUUGUCGCCGCAUUGGAUACAAUUUUAAAUUAAGCAGUGUAUGCUUUUUUUAUUGAAGUUCCUUGAUGUUUGAGUGCUCCACUUUUGCUUUUUUACAUACAGCUUUGUCUGGGGGAAUUUGAUUUCCCCAGCUUUUUGUUAAGAAAACUUCCUUCAAAAACAGUUUUCACGUAAAAUGGUAAUGUUAUGCUUUGGUUUGGUUUUUGUAAGAUCCUUUGCAUACCUAAACAGUGUUUUGUUUUUCUGCCAGUUGUAUCCCUUUACCAACACUCUUUUGAACAUUCCACUUUUCUGCAGGUUAGCACUCUGCUUACUUGCAAACUUCGAUUUUGAGCAGUAUUAAAGUAAUUGGUGUCACUUAUUUCACUUCCAAAAUAUGAAAGUUUUUACAUCCUUGCCUUAUUCAUCUUUCUCAAAAUUCUGCUUCUUCCUAAUGUCAGAAGUGUAGCCAUUUGCUUAGUGGACUGAUCUACAGAGAACAUCCUCUAAAACUUAGCUUCACUACAAGAUCUUCCAGAUAAAGUUUUCUACCUCUUACUUCUGAAGAUCAGGGAUGCUAAAUUAUGAUUUGUUAUACAUUAUUUCACACAAUAUGAAGAGGCUUAAUCUAGUGAAGUUUUAUUUUGGUCUCAUUUUGAUUAAAUAUCUUACUUAGAAAACAAGUGGCAUACUUUAAAGCUCCAUCUUUUUUGGCAAAUGUUUUAAAACUGAGAUUUUAUCACUUGGUGAAGGUUGUCAUGUAAAAUUAAGGAAUAUUAAAGUGAACAAUGUAGGAGAACAGUUGCUUUAAGGAAAAUUUCACAAAGUAUGAUUCAAGUCAUCAAAUGACAUCCGUAAGGACCUUUUAUGUACCUACCUGUUUUAGCCAUUACAAGUUAGGGUCAAUAUAAGUUGAAAGUAUUUCAUUUUUACUGAGCCUUAAAAAUAGCACUUGUGAGCUUACAAUAGUUAAUGUUUGGCAAUCAUAUUAUGUACUAGUGAACAGGAUAUGAAAGUCACUUUGUACUGUCUUGUCAUCUGAUUCUAAAUUAAGAGAAGUGCUACUGAGUCCCGUUGCUCAGGAGGCAGAUGUGAGUGUGAGGCUAGCCUGAACUACAUAGUGAGACCCUGUCUCCAAGAGAGAGUACCACUAGGUGACAUGAAAUUGAGCUUUAUGCAUCAUAUUAUUUUCAAAAUUGACUUAAAAUUAAUCCUUUGCUGAAAUUUGGCACUGAUGGAAAAUUCAAAAUGAAACAUUGUUUGCAGAUCAUUUAGUUAAUAAAAACUGAUAAACUGGGCUGGGGAUGUAGAGCCAGGGGCAUAGCGCCUGCUUGGCAAACACAAGGUUGUGACUUAGUAAAAACUAAUGGACUAAUCUUAUGCUGAUUCUAAAUUCAAGCUUGUAGGCCUCACAGGUUUUAAGGUAUUUUUAUGAGCUUAUUACACUUGAAGUUAGUUAUGAAUUGGGUAAAUUCUCAUCUUGGGCAUUUUGAAAAGUAUUGGAUUUGGCAGGAUUAUAAAGAUCUUUGUUCUGUGUUUACACUGGAGCGGAAUGAAUCUCCUUGCUCAUGCAGUUUUAUCUGUUUCAAGAAUUUGAUUAAAGUGAGAACAGUGUACGUUAGUGGCAGAAUGAACAAAGGUGGUGCUUUCCAACUGUCUCCUAGCACUGGGAGGAUGAGGCAGGAAGAUUUAAAGUUCCAGCUGCCCUGACCUAUUUAGCACAACUGUCUCAAAAAAAAA